CCGUUGGAGGCUCGUUUGUAGUGGUCUGCCUACAAGGUCGUCAAACGGCGAUCGCGACGGCGUGUUUUUAUUUAACAACAGAGCUACGGUCCUUCACUUUGUUAGCUUUCCUUCUAGAUCUCAUCCGAAUAUUCCAUACGCAAAUUCAUCCACACACCAAGACGCCAGCCCGAGCGAGCGAGCACGACAUGUACUUCCAGCAACGGAAGGUGGGUCCGGAGAGGUAUAAGCCCUGCCCGAGACUCUGCCACGGCGAGGAGUGUCUGAAGCCGCCUGGGGAGUGCCAGCUAUCCCAUGACGGGAGGGUCAUCGCGGCAUUCAAAGCCGGCCGUGGAAGACAGCGGUGCGACAAAGGGGAGGACUGUUGGAAUGCGGCCAAUUACCUGUGCCGGUACCAGCACACGCUGGACGAGGUCUUCCCAGAAGGGCCACGACUAGCCAAGGCCAUGGAAGACCUGGACGAAAUCAGCAGCAUCAACAUGGGCGCCUUGUCAAGCCAAGAGGACACCCACAUCUCAGACCUCAAGGGGCUUUCGAGCUUCAGCACGCUUGACAAGGAUGACGAGGUUGCUAUCCCAGGGACGCCGGCGUUUUUCAACACACCAAGCACACCGAUCGCCAUCAUCUCAGACAACAAGAACGGCGUCUUGCCGGAGCUGCCGAAGCGUACGCACAGCUUCGAUGCCCUUGUUACCUCGAUCGAGAUGAUGACCGACGGCUCCGCACUCCGCUCGUCAGACGUUGUGGCCAGCUGUGGGGCUCUGCGGAUGAUCCUCAACUUCAUGAGGAGAAGCUACCAGCAGCCUGGCACCGAGAUGGAAAAGAACCCACUGGAUCUGAAUUGGCUGCCUCACCGAUUCGACCUGCAGUGGCGGGAGCCUGGGACACUCUAUAUCUCACCCUGGGCCAACGAUCCGAGGUUCAAGCGCAGCUGGGGAAAGGGUCGAGGGUUCGAGAGCGAGACGCGGAAGUUUGACCAGUCGCAUCCGGUUCUCAGCCGCAGCUCCAGCCACCACCAGGUGGUGUCGUACAACCUUGGCGGCCUGCGAUGCGUCGUCCAAGCCGAGGUCGACGCGUACAGCUGUGACUGCGGACACCAGUCGGGAGGUAGGCCACAAGAGGGGCCGCCCCACGAACCCUUUGAGCUAGUUCGUCCCAGGUCCGCAAAGAGCGGCUCAGCUCGCCGCACCUCGACCCCUAGCCCUGUCAUCAGGCCUGUGGCCAGUUCCAACACUGGCAGAGGCAAGGGGAAGGGGAGAAGGCCGGGCGGCAGACGUUCGGUGCCCAUCAUCGACUUCAGCCUCCUGAAUAUAGACGACGCAGGAGAUAGCGAGUCACAAAGCUCCCUGCGCUCCGGGCCUCCAUCAACCCCGGGCUCCGCGGCAGGCCAGGCCUCGAGAAAUUCGAAACUGACCGUUCGCAAGGCCGGCAACACCCAACCACCCAUCCCCAUCUCCUGCCUGCUUGAGAUCAAGACCCGGAAGGAAGACUCCACCAUAACCAUUGAGAGCUGGGCGGCGCAACUUUACUUUUCCGGCAGACGUCAAGUGUUCGAGGCGAUGCACCGACACGGGGUUUUCCAUCCAAGAGAUGGGGGCACGGUGCCGGAUCUGGACGGCAAACUUGAGAAUUGGGCGAGUCGUGACAGCAUUCAGGCCGCGUUGAGCCGAACCGUGGCUCUUCUCCGGGCGAUUCGAAACAAGCUUGCGCAGCUGGAGGAGUCGGGAGACAUAUCACUUGGACCCGAAGGAAACGGGCUGAGCCUCCUGCUUGGUGAGGAUGAGGAAGGCAACGAGGGAGGAGGCAGGGUGCCGUUUGCGCGGCUCUAUAUGAGGAAUGAUGGCGUGCGGCUGGUUCCUUGAGCCUGCCUGUCUUGUCGAUGGAGGGCGUUGAAGGCUGGAUUUCUUAUGUCAUGCCACGAUUUGGAACGUAUGUAUCAGGUUGACGACAGAACGUAUGAAUCUCACUCAUGUAACAAGCGGCGGUGUCCCGAGCUUUAAAAAUGGGAUUUUAUUGGCGUUCCUCCAACAAUGGAGCUGAAUGGUGGGGUCGGGCACACGUCAUACC